AUGAAAGGUCUCAUGGAUUUUGAGCAAAUAUUAGAAAGUAAGGUCACUGAAACGCAGAAAUAAUUGGAAAUCGCGCUCUAUUGCUCGAAACGCAGUCAUUCUUCCAUUAUUCCGAAAUUCUAGGCGUGAGACCGGACAAAAACCCGCAAAAUUCAAGCUUUCAUCGAAAAAUUGGUCUAAAAUCGAUGUUUUCUGGACCUUUUGUGCGUAAAAACCCGAGUGUUCCCCCUCAAUUUUGACACCGUCUCUCCACUAACAGUAAUUUGGACCGGUUCUUUCAACUCAAAUCGAAUCAAAUCAACAGAGGAAGAUGAAAUGAAAUGGUUGUUGUUGGUUUUUUGAACAUGUUUGUGUGUCCGGCUGCCGGUCGACGGGGCGGCAGCAUUUUGUGUAAAAAGAAGAAUGAUGUGGGUGAUAAGAGAAAGAGGGGAAAAAGAAGAAGAAGGGCGGCCAAUUCGAACGAUUUCCCACUUUUCAGCACAACUUUCGCUUCGUCAUGUCCAUCCCGACCGCCUGUAUUCCGCCGGAAACAUUCUGAAUGCGUCUGUCGUCAGGUUCGGUGUCCACAGUAACCUGCUAAUGAUCUGCGAGGCCGCAAAACUUAUUGACAAUUGGGCUCUGUUUCAUUUCCUUCUGCACACGAAAAAAAACAAACAGAAUGCUCAAUUGUGUGUGGUUUUGCACGUUCUUUUCUUCCUCGUCGUCGUUAUUAUCCCGUCAAAAAGUGAAAACGAAAAGAAAGAUGGGCGGUCGGGAACGGCCGAGAGAGAUGGAGAAAAAAAGAGAGACCGCCCACGUUCUUUCUUCUAUUCAUUUUUGUUCUCUUUUCUUCCAAAUCCGAUGAAUAACACGGAUUUAGCUCUUCGUAUAGCUAUGCGCCAUUGAACAGAAUUUUUGAAUUAUGCGCCAGAGAUGCGCGAAAUUCCGCUUUUCGAAGAGUAUUCUUUUAAAAUUUCGCACUACGCAUUCCGCGAACUUAGGUAUUUAAAUGUUCAGUUCCACGGAUCUCUGAUAAGCGUCUUCAAACUGUUUUCGUGGCGAGAACCGCAACAGAUUUUUUUGAAAGGCGCCUUUAAACGUUGAAUGCUCGGUCCUUCAAUUUGAAUUCCAGUAAUUUUUCACGUGCCCCUCUCUCCCAAUUUCCUUAUCAAUUCUCGCAAUCGCUCGGUAUUUUGCCACGUGUCAAAGUCAAUUUGAGCGUUUCCAUCGCACAAGUCGCCCAUUCCCCGAGACUAAUCACUUUCUCUCUGGUCGUCGACUUCUUCUCACUCGAGAUGGCAUCGCAAUUUCUCCGCUCCACCAACUCGCGUUACGUCGCCGGUGUGCUCGCCGCUCUCGGAGCCGGCUCGGCCGUCUACACGCUCACUCCGCAGGUAAUCCGAAAUCCCAAUAAUCUCUUUAGUCUUAUUUCACCCGUUUUCAGCAAGUGUCCGCCAAGUCCGAAGUCGACGCGGCGACAAUCAAAAAGAUCGAGGAGGCGUACGCGAAACUGAACGGACCGGAAGGCGCCAAAUGCAAGUCGUUGCUCAAGAAGCAUCUGACGAAGGACGUCGUCGAGAAGCUGAAGACGAAGCGCACGAAGCUCGGCGCCACGCUGUACGACUGCAUCCGCUCGGGAGUCUACAACCUUGACGCGGGAGUCGGAGUCUACGCGCCGGACGCCGAGGCCUACACGCUCUUCGCGCCGCUCUUCGACAAAAUCAUCGAGGACUACCACGGAUUCAGUCCGAAACAAAAGCAGCCGCCCGUGGACCUGGGCGAGGGAAAGACGAAGGAGUUCCCGCCGCUGGACCCCAAAGGCAAGUACAUCAAGUCGACGAGAAUCCGGUGCGGACGCUCGCUCAAAGGCUAUCCGUUCAACCCGUGCCUCACGCAAGACAACUACCUCGAGAUGGAGGGCAAGGUGAAGAAGGCGUUCGCCGAGUACUCGGACAAGGAGCUCAAGGGCAAAUACUACCCGCUGGACGGAAUGAGCAAGGACACGCAGAAGCAGCUGAUUGCGGAUCACUUCCUGUUCAAGGAGGGCGAUCGUCAUUUGCAGUACGCGAACGCGUGCAACUUCUGGCCCAAGGGACGCGGCAUCUUCCACAACAACGACAAGACGUUCCUGAUCUGGGUGAACGAGGAGGACCACAUGCGGAUCAUCUCGAUGCAGGAGGGAUCGGAUGUCGGAAAAGUGCUCGACCGGCUCAUCAAGGGAGUGCGUGGCAUUGAGAAGCAGGUAAGGAAGGCAUUGGGGAAGAGGACCGACUGAUUUCCAAUUCCAGGUUCCGUUCUCUCGCGACGAACGUCUCGGCUGGCUCACUUUCUGCCCCACGAACCUCGGCUCGACGGUCCGCGCCUCUGUGCAUAUUGCUCUUCCGAAACUGGCUGCCCGCAAGGACUUUAUCCAAAUCUGCGAGAAGCUGAACCUCCAAGUGCGAGGAAUCCACGGCGAACACUCGGAGUCUGUCGGUGGCGUGUAUGACAUUUCCAACAAAGUAAGUAAACACGUUCACUUUUUUUUUUUUGAACAAACACUAGUACUUGAUGCGUUCAGGCUCGUCUCGGACUCUCGGAAUAUCAGGCGGUGAAGCAGAUGUACGACGGCGUGAAGAAGCUCAUUGAGCUGGAGGAGAAGGAGAAGUAG